AUGGCCUCUUACACCAUCGAUAUGCCUUCUAUAGCUGCUAGUACCGCUCCUUCGAGGUCAGACAAAUACUCUGUCAUCCUACCUACUUAUAACGAGAGGAAGAACCUCCCUGUGAUAGUCUGGUUAUUAGCCAAGACAUUUGAGUCCAAAGGUAUAAAAUGGGAGAUCAUAGUGGUGGACGAUGCUAGUCCUGACGGCACGCAAGAAGUCGCAAAGCAGUUAGCCGGAAUAUACGGAGAAGACAAAGUGGUAUUGAAGCCUCGGGCGGGUAAACUGGGUUUAGGUACCGCCUAUGUCCACGGACUUAAUUUCGUUACAGGCAAUUUCGUAAUUAUAAUGGAUGCUGAUUUUUCACAUCAUCCAAAAUUCAUACCUGAAUUUAUCAAGUUACAGAAAUUACACAAUUUGGAUAUAGUCACAGGAACGAGAUAUUCUUCUCAUCCAUAUCCCAAACAAUCAUCUUCCUCCUCUUCUGCGUCGCCUCAAAUUGGAUUAGGCCCAGGGGGUGUUCAUGGCUGGGAUCUGAAAAGGAAAUUGGUCUCUAGGGGUGCUAACUAUUUAGCUGAUACAGUGUUAAAUCCUGGUGUGAGUGAUUUGACUGGUAGUUUCAGACUAUACAGAACAAACGUAAUCAAAGAUAUAAUAUCCCGAUGCACAUCAAAGGGAUACGUGUUCCAAAUGGAAAUAAUAGUCAGAGCACGAUCAUUAGGAUAUACGGUUGGAGAAGUACCUAUAACUUUUGUAGAUAGGAUCUAUGGUGAGAGUAAAUUAAGUGGGAAUGAAAUUGUCGGUUAUGCCAAAGGCGUCGUAUCACUUUGGUGGGGUGUAUAA